AUACGUUCGUUUUUAUUUUCUUUUCCUUACCAUAUUAAUUGGGCAUAUUUUUAGACACCUAAUCCAUUUUACGUUUAGGCCCUUCCCUCUCCCGUGUCAUUGGUGAAUGACCGAAGAUGUCGCACAGUAGGCUGUUUACUCGGCUGUUCUUACAGCAGAGCAGUGUCCGACAUUGCUAUACCGCCUCAAGAAAGAACCUCUACAUCAACAAGGACACUAAGGUCAUUUGCCAGGGCUUCACCGGAAAGCAGGGGACCUUCCACAGUCAGCAGGCUCUGGACUAUGGCUCCCGGCUCGUCGGAGGAGUUUCCCCCGGCAAGGGAGGCAAGACCCACCUCGGCAUGCCCGUCUUCAACUCCGUGAAGGAGGCGAAGGACGGCACGGGGGCCGAGGCCUCGGUGAUCUACGUGCCCCCGCCCUUCGCGGCGGCGGCCAUCUUGGAGGCCAUCGACGCGGAGAUGCCGCUGGUGGUGUGCAUCACCGAGGGCAUCCCGCAGCAAGACAUGGUGAAGGUGAAGCACCGCCUGCUCCGCCAGGGCACCACCCGCCUCAUCGGGCCCAACUGCCCCGGCGUCAUCAACCCCGGAGAAUGCAAGAUCGGAAUCAUGCCGGGCCACAUCCACAAAAAAGGCAGAAUCGGCAUCGUGUCCCGGUCCGGUACGCUGACUUACGAAGCCGUGCACCAAACUACACAAGUGGGCCUGGGACAGUCUCUCUGUGUGGGGAUCGGCGGGGAUCCGUUCAACGGGACGAACUUCAUAGACUGCCUGGAGGUGUUCCUGCAGGACCCCAAGACUGAGGGAAUCAUCCUGAUCGGCGAGAUCGGCGGGGACGCGGAGGAGAACGCCGCAGAGUACCUGAAAGAGCACAACUCUGGUACCAAGGCCAAGCCGGUGGUGUCGUUCAUCGCCGGCCUCACCGCGCCCCCGGGCAGGAGGAUGGGCCACGCCGGCGCCAUCAUCGCGGGAGGGAAGGGCGGAGCCAAAGAGAAGAUCUCCGCCCUGCAGGCGGCCGGGGUGGUAGUCAGCAUGUCCCCUGCCCAGUUGGGCAGUACCAUUUUCAAGGAAUUUGAGAAGAGGAAGAUGCUGUGAAUGUGGAGCCAAGAACACCCCCCCCCCCCCCCACCUCCACCCCAUGCACCCCUCCAAGUGGAUCGUUUUGUGUUCGUUGCCCUUGGUUUGGGGAGCCAGCCCCAGGAGAACCCAAGCUCUCCUCACGUUCACUGUAACUUAAACUCAUACAAUUUAAUAUGUAUGACGUCCUUAAUGUAUGCCAGAAGAAUAAUAAAUGUAUGAUAUCUUGAGUAUUUCUUUGAAUUCAUUCGUACAAAGAAGGUAACUCUUAAGAGCUCUUCUGUAGCGCAGAUGAACAUUAGAUUUUAUACAAAAAAGUUUGGAUUAUGGAGUAGUUUUGGUCUCGAGUUCAAAUCCAUGAUGAAUUCUUCUGGCAACAAUGGUUCUCCCUGGUCAUCUCCCGUCCGUGUACAAACCAAGUCCGAUCACUCCUUUGUAGCGUUGUCAGACUGACAUGCGAAGAGUACAGGGUGGUAUGGCUACUGACAAUAACAUUAAGUUACUUAACCAGUCAUUGGUUAGUAGCUCAUCGGAUUAUUAUACUGUUAUACCGAGCAGUCUUGUGUUCUCAACUCAAAGGGGUAUUUUUUUGCUUUGUUUUUUGUUUUGUUUGAUGAUAAACCAUCUUUAUAAUGGUAUUAAAAUUAAAAACAUCUAUUAAAUGAAA